GUUUUCAAGAUGGCGUCGGGCAGAAGACCAGAGCACCAAGCUCCUCCAGAAGUGUUUUAUAAUGAAGAAGAAGCGCAUAAAUACACCUCGAAUUCACGUAUGAUGGACAUUCAGGUCAAACUGACUGAGAGAGCAUUGGAGCUUUUAUGUUUACUUGAAGAUCAACCAUGCUAUAUACUUGACRUAGGAUGUGGAUCAGGUCUAAGUGGAGAGGUGUUAACAAGUGAAGGUCAUCACUGGGUUGGUCUUGAUAUUAGUCAGGCCAUGUUAGAUGUUGCAAUAGAAAGAGAGGUGGAGGGUGAUUUAUUUCUACAUGACAUGGGGCAAGGAUUACACUUCAGACCUGGAACCUUUGAUUACUGUAUAAGUAUUUCAGCUUUACAGUGGCUGUGUAAUGCAGACAAGAAAGAACACAACCCAGUCAAGCGACUUUACAAAUUCUUUUGUUCAUUAUAUGGCUGCCUGGCAAGAGGUGGCAAAGCAGUUUUUCAGUUUUAUCCAGAAAAUCCCAGCCAGGUUGAGCUCAUAACAACACAAGCAAUGAAAGCAGGUUUUACWGGAGGAAUAGUGGUGGAUUAUCCAAACAGUACAAGAGCUAAGAAAAUGUUUCUUUGUAUUUUUGCUGGUGCUAUAAAUGCCAAACUUCCAAAGGGAUUGGGUGCAGAAGAAGCAGCUGGAGUCGGAGAGACUGUUCRAUAUAGCGGUAAAAGAGAAAGAAAUAACAAAAUACCUCGUGGCAAAUCUAUUAAAAAAUCAAAAGACUGGAUUCAAGCGAAGAAAGACAGACGAAGACGACAGGGAAAGGAAGUGAGACAAGAUUCAAAAUACACUGGCCGAAGAAGAAAAGCAAAAUUCUGAGGAAAAUUGAAUGAGAUAAUAAAGGUUACAGAUGAAUAUAAAUCCUA